GGGUAUUUUUUGAGUUGUGUUUUGCUUAGAUUUAUUGCUAUAUUUGUAUUAUAUAGGAGCAGUGGAUCCUAUCCUUGCCAAAAGAGAGUAUUAGCACUCAAAAUAUGGCCCAAGGGUCCCUGCAUUUUCCCUGAGAUCUUUUUAUGGGGUCCAUAAUGUCAGUUAUUUUCAUAAAAACACUUGAGAUGUUAUUUGCCUUUUUACUGUGUUGACAUUUGCACUGAUGGCACAAAAGCUACAGUGGUAAACACUGCUCCCUCUUCUUCUAGGAAGUUAUUUAAUAAUUAUUGUUGUCAAGAAGCACUCAGAAUGGUCCAGCAUUUGACAUACCAUCAUAGGCAUUCCUAUAAUACAUCCUCUCACAGAACUAGGUUGUCCCGAACCCCUGGUAAUAGAAUUGUUUACCUUUAUACCAAGAAGUUUGGGAAAGCACCGAAAUCUGCGUGUGGCGUGUGCCCAGGCAGACUUCAAGGAGUUUGUGCUGUGGGACCUAAAGUUCUUAUGAGGUUGUCCAAAACGAAAAAGCACGUCAGCAGGGCCUGUGGUGGUUCCAUGUGUGCUAAAUGUGUCCGUGACAGGAUCAAGUGUGCUUUCCUUAUUGAGGAGCAGAAAGUUGUUGUGAAAGUGUUGAAGGUGGAGCACAGAGUCAGAAAGCUAAAUUUUAAAAAAAGCUUUUUUGAGUAAUAAAAAUUAAAAGGCAAAAAAAAAAAAGAAAAAACCUGCUGACUGCUUAACACAUCUAGGCGGUGGCACCACCUAUACCAGUAGUCGUGGUAUUUUUCACCGCCACUCAUUCCCUGUUUACAUGAGGGGAAAGAGCUAGAUUCACUUAAGAAUGUCCUUGACAAGGCAGUAAAAAUUAUUAAUUUUGUUAAAACUCAAUCCUUGAGUUUCCCAUCGUUUUGAUAUUCUGUGACAGGAAGGGAAGCACACAUUAGAGCUCUUUGGCAUAUGGAAGCAUGAUGCUGGUCUCAAGGAAAAGCACUUAUGCGCUUGUUUUAGUUCAGAGCUGAACUAGCUGCAUUUUUUUUCAUGAAACACCAUUUUUACUUGAAAGGGCGAACUGAUUAUUCACAUUUGAUUAUGCAGUAUUUGGCAGGUAUUUUAUCCUGAAAAUGAAUGGGGUGAGCUGUCACUUCAAGGAAAAACAACUGACAAUGUUUGUUCCCAUAGAGAUGGGUUGGUUUUUGUUUGUUUGUUUGUUUGUUUGAGAUGGUGUCUUGCUAUAUUGCCCAGGCUGGUCUCAAACUCCUGGCCU